GGCAUCAAUCUCGGAUCGUAUUUUAUCAUCGAGGAGUGGAUGAUGUGGCAAUAUGUCGGAUGCAAUGCGCCGGGAGUCAACGACACUUGGGGCCUUCAAAGCAUGUCAAACGCGGAAGAAAUCAUGAUUAACCAUCUGGACAACUACAUCCGCGAAGUCGAUUUCCAAGAUGCGCAAUCGCGCGGCGUCAACUUCGUACGCAUCCCGAUCGCCUUCUGGAUGUUCAUUCCUACCCAAGGCGACGAGCCGUAUUGGACGGAUUCUCGCCAAAAGGACGUCUAUCUUCGUCAACUCGUGGACUGGGCAGUCAAGUACAAAAUGGAGGUUUUGCUGGACAUUCAUGCCCUGCCUGGCGGUCAGAACCUCAACGAUCAUUCUGGACGUAACCUUGAAAUCGCUGGACUCACGCCUCAAUUCCUCAACUCUACAAACCUUGCUCGCGGCAAUGACACAGUUGAUGCAAUCAUCGAAUGGGUCCAAGCCUUACCAAGUAAUCUCUCAUCCGCCAUUGCAAUGAUUGAACUGGCCAACGAACCUCAGAUCUCCAUGACUGGCGCGUACGAUGCACUUGUUGGCUACUAUGUCGCGAACCAAGCCAAGAUUGCCGACAAGCUGCCCAACGUCUGGACCGUGAUUGGCGAUGCUUGGCUCGGUGUACAAAGCUGGGGAGACGUUUUCAACCCCAGUCAGAAGGUGAUCUUGGACCUCCACUGGUGGAACCUCUUCACCGACAUCCCCAGCUUGACCGUGCUCGAAGACACUUACUGCAGCUUGCCGCCGGCGUCGUCGCCCCACGCCUGGAACAACCCAAUCAUCAUCGGCGAAUUUUCC